AGCAUAUAAAACUGAAAUUUCUGUACCGAAUUUCUCGCAGCAGCGAAGCACCGUUUCACUCCUUUCCUCUUUUCGAUCCCUACAUUAAUACACGCACGCUCAUUAGGGUUUUUUCUCCUUCAAACCACAGCGAUUGCUGUCGUUUUCCUCCCCAAAUUGGCCGAGAUGAAGCUCACUGUUAAGACUCUCAAAGGCAGCCAUUUUGAAAUUAGGGUUCAGCCUAACGAUACUGUUAUGGCAGUGAAGAAGAAUAUUGAAGAUGUGCAAGGAAAGGAUAAUUAUCCAUGUGGACAGCAACUAUUGAUUCAUAAUGGGAAAGUAUUGAAAGAUGAGACUACAUUAGCUGAUAAUAAGGUCACUGAAGAUGGUUUUUUAGUUGUAAUGCUUAGCAAGAGUAAAACUUCAGGUUCAUCUGGGACUUCAUCCACCCAGCCUGCUGCCGCAACUCCGCCUACAACUGCACCAUCUUCAAAUUCAACUCCUGCAGUUGAAGUUCAACCACCGAUCCCGAAGAGCACAACAUCUGCUUCUGACACAGCAACAGCUACUACACAAACUGACACCUAUGGUGAAGCUGCUUCGAAUUUAGUUGCUGGCGAUAAUCUUGAGCAGACUAUUCAACAAAUAAUGGAUAUGGGAGGUGGCACCUGGGAUAAAGAAACAGUUACUCGUGCACUUCGAGCUGCCUAUAAUAACCCAGAAAGAGCAGUGGAUUACUUGUACUCAGGUAUUCCAGAAACAGCAGAAGUUGCUGUCCCGGUUGCUCAUUUACCUGCAGGUCAGGCAACUGAAACAGGUGCAGCUCCUGCUGCACCUUUAUCUGGAGUACCAAAUUCAUCUCCUUUGAAUAUGUUUCCUCAGGAGGCACUUUCUGCUGCUGGUGGUGGUAGUGCUGGUGGACUUGGGUCCCUUGAUUUUCUUAGAAACAACGCUCAGUUCCAAACUUUGCGAUCAAUGGUUCAGGCAAAUCCUCAAAUUUUACAGCCCAUGCUUCAGGAGCUUGGAAAGCAGAACCCACAGCUUUUGAGAAUGAUCCAAGAACAUCAUGCAGAAUUUCUUCAGUUAUUAAAUGAACCUCUUGAAGGUUCUGAAGGGGAUAUAUUUGAUCAGGGCGAACAAGAUAUGCCCCAUGCUAUUAAUGUGACUCCAGCUGAACAGGCGGCUAUUGAACGGCUAGUGGCAAUGGGAUUUGAUAGAGCCCUUGUCAUUGAGGCAUUUUUGGCUUGUGAUCGCAAUGAAGUAUUGGCAGCUAAUUACCUAUUGGAAAAUGGGGGAGAUUUUGAAGAUUGAGAUUACACCUUUAAACCAGUUGGAUUCAUAGUUUUGUUUUCUUCUUCUUCUUCUUUAGAUUACUUUAUAAGAUGGAUUUGUGUCUUUGUUAGCAGCUUUGGUAGUGUUCGGAAUUGCAUUGUAAAACCUGACCACGAAUCCUUAAAAAUUUGAGAUUACACCCUUAAACCAGUUGGAUUCUUA